AUGUCUACGUUCGACAAUGAGUGCGAGAAGGAUCCAGGCUGGCAGUAUCUGCGACAGAGUCGAGAACAAAUGGAGCAAUCACGACCAUACGACUCGAAGAAGAACUGCUGGAUUCCGGAUACUGAAGAAGGCUAUGUUGCUGCGGAAAUAACGAGCACUAAGGGUGAUAUGGUCACUGUGGUAUCUGCUCGUGGAAAUGAGGCAACACUCAAGAAGGAUAUGUUGCAAGAAAUGAAUCCUCCGAAAUUCGAAAAGACCGAAGAUAUGUCAAAUUUGACCUUUCUGAACGAUGCGUCCGUGCUGCACAACCUUCGAGCACGAUACGGAUCGAUGCUCAUUUAUACUUACUCGGGUCUAUUCUGUGUUGUCAUCAAUCCCUAUAAGCGUCUUCCAAUCUACACCGAUUCGGUUGCGAGAAUGUAUAUGGGGAAACGACGAACCGAGAUGCCGCCGCAUUUGUUUGCGGUUUCUGACGAAGCAUACCGUAACAUGCUUUUGGAUCAUGAAAAUCAAUCGAUGCUUAUAACCGGUGAAUCUGGAGCUGGUAAAACAGAAAACACCAAAAAGGUCAUUGCAUAUUUCGCAGUGGUCGGUUCAUCGCAGCAAAAAACUGGAGGCGAGAAAAAAGUCACGCUAGAAGAUCAAAUUGUUCAAACGAAUCCAGUUUUGGAAGCCUUUGGAAAUGCCAAGACUGUGCGAAAUAACAACUCAUCACGAUUCGGAAAAUUUAUUCGAAUUCAUUUUUCGAAGCAGGGAAAAGUCGCCUCUUGUGAUAUUGAACACUAUUUACUAGAAAAAUCUCGCGUGAUUCGUCAAGCUCCUGGAGAACGAUGCUAUCACAUUUUCUAUCAGAUAUAUUCCGACUUCAAUCCAACAUUGAAAAAAGACCUUCUACUCGACCAACCGCUGAAAAAUUAUUAUUUUGUGGCGCAGGCUGAGCUGACUAUCGAUGGUGUUAAUGAUAAGGAGGAGCAUCAGAUGACAGACGAGGCCUUCGAUAUUCUGAAUUUCUCGCCCGAGGAGAAAAUGAAUUGCUAUCGGCUCGUCUCAGCAAUUAUGCAUAUGGGAUGCAUGAAAUUCAAGCAGCGACCACGUGAAGAGCAGGCAGAACCAGACGGCACGGAUGAAGCCGAAAAAGCAUCUAAAAUGUAUGGUAUUGACACGGAGGAUUUCCUCAAAUCUCUCACAAAGCCGCGCGUUAAAGUUGGCACAGAAUGGGUGAACAAGGGACAAAACGUGGACCAAGUAACCUGGGCAGUUGGUGCAAUGGCCAAGGGUGUUUACGCAAGAAUUUUCAAGUGGCUUGUCACGAAAUGUAACAUAACUCUUGACCAGAAAGGCAUUUCACGCGACUUUUUCAUCGGUGUGCUGGAUAUUGCUGGAUUCGAAAUUUUUGAUUUCAAUUCAUUCGAACAGUUGUGGAUCAAUUUUGUGAACGAGCGACUGCAACAGUUCUUCAAUCAUCACAUGUUCGUUCUGGAACAAGAAGAGUACGAGCGUGAGGGCAUCCAGUGGACAUUCAUCGAUUUCGGUCUUGACCUGCAGGCCUGCAUUGAGUUAAUCGAAAAACCACUGGGAAUUAUUUCAAUGCUGGACGAGGAAUGCAUUGUCCCGAAAGCGACCGAUUUGACACUGGCGCAGAAACUUAUCGACACCCAUCUUGGGAAGCAUCCAAACUUCGAAAAGCCGAAACCACCAAAGGGUAAGCAGGGUGAAGCACACUUUGCCAUGAAGCAUUAUGCUGGUACGGUUCGGUACAACGUCACCAACUGGCUUGAGAAAAACAAAGAUCCACUGAAUGAUACCGUUGUUUCAUGCAUGAAAGCAUCGAAAGGAAACGACCUGCUCGUGGAAAUAUGGCAAGAUUACACAACCCAGGAAGAAGCUGCUGUUGCAGCAAAAGAAGGCGGCAGUGGUAAGAAGAAGGGCAAAAGUGGUUCAUUCCUGACCGUUUCCAUGAUGUAUCGCGAAUCACUGAACAGCUUGAUGAAUAUGCUCAACAUGACACAUCCACAUUUCAUCCGCUGUAUUAUUCCGAAUGAGAAAAAAACCUCGGGAUUGCUAGAUGCCUCGCUAGUCCUCAAUCAGCUGACAUGUAACGGUGUCCUGGAGGGUAUCCGAAUCUGCCGAAAAGGUUUUCCGAACCGGAAUUUGCAUGCUGAUUUUAAACAGCGUUAUGCAAUCUUGGCAGCAAAAGAGGCAAAAAGUGACGACGAUCCGAAGAAAGCUGCCGAAGCAGUACUCAGUAAGUUGGUCAACGAAGGAGCACUUACUGAAGAAAAUUUCCGAAUUGGAAAAACCAAGGUAUUUUUCAAAGCCGGUGUUCUGGCGCAUCUUGAGGAUUUGCGUGACACAAAGCUUGGGGAGGUGCUCACUGGAUUCCAGGCCAAAAUUCGCUCAUACCUAUUCUUGGCCGAUCGCCGUCGAAGAAUGCAGCAACGGCGCGGAUUACUGAUCGUGCAGCGGAACAUCCGUGCCUGGAGUGUUUUGCGUACGUGGGAAUGGUUCCUUCUAUACGGGAAAAUUAAACCGAUGCUCAAAUGCGGUAAGGAGGCUGAGGAGAUGGAAAAGAUGAACGAAAAAAUCAAACAGUUGGAGGAAAAUAUAGCAAACGAAGAGAAAGCUCGAAAAGAACUCGAAAGUAAUUCAACAAAACUGCUUGAGGAACGGAACGGUGUUUUUAAUGAACUAGAAGCAGCUAAGGCGCAACUCUCGGACGUGGACGAUCGACUCAAUCGACUCACAACGCUCAAAUCAGAUAUCGACAAGCAAAUUCACGAAUUGGAAGACCGUCUCGGCGACCAAGAAGAUCGAAAUUCGGAUUUAUCAAGAUCGAAGAAAAAGGUAGAAGGGGAAGUGGAGAAUUUAAAGAAAGCAAUAGCCGAUUUGGAGGCAAGAUUGCAAAAAGCGGACGCGGAUAAGCAGAGCCGCGAGCAGCAAAUCCGGUCAUUACAAGACGAAAUGCAACAGCAGGAUGAAAACAUUGCCAAGCUGAACAAAGAGAAGAAACAUCAGGAAGAGGUUAACAGAAAGCUCAUGGAAGACUUGCAGGCAGAAGAAGACAAGGGGACACACACCAACAAACUGAAGGGCAAGCUUGAGCAAAACCUAGACGAUUUGGAAGAUAAUUUGGAGCGCGAAAAACGGGGACGAAAUGAAAUUGAAAAACAAAAGAGAAAAGUUGAGGGUGAACUGAAGGUGGCCCAAGAAAAUAUUGACGAAAUUGAGCGACAACGACACGACAUCGAAAGUAACUUAAAGAAAAAAGAGGCGGAAGCACAGGCAAUAACCGCACGACUUGAGGAGGAGCAAGACCUGGUUGGUAAGCUUAAGAAACAGGUAAACGAGACGCAGAAUCACAUCACGGAAUUGGAAGAGGAGCUGGAGAAUGAACGACAAUCACGCAGCAAAGCUGAACGAGCAAAAUCGGACUUACAGCGCGAACUUGAAGAACUGGGAGAUCGCUUGGAUGAACAAGGUGGAGCUACUGCAGCACAGAUGGAAGUGAACAAGAAACGCGAAGCGGAACUCGCGAAACUUCGACGCGAUCUGGAAGAAGCCAACAUGAAUCAUGAGAAUCAACUGGCCGCGAUCCGCAAGAAGCACAACGAUGCAGUAGCAGAGCUGGGCGAUCAGAUCGAGCAGGCCCAGAAGGCGAAAACGAAGGUGGAAAAGGACAAGAUACAGGCGCAACGUGAUGCUGAAGAUCUGGUGACGCAGAUUGACGGCGAAACGUCUGCUCGGAUGAACAACGAGAAAUUGGCGAAACAGUAUGAAAUGCAAAUUGCUGAACUGCAGAGCAAAUGCGACGAGCAGAAUCGGCAGCUUCAGGAAUUCACCACACUGAAGACCCGGCUGAAUGGGGAAAACAGCGAUCUCGGCAAGCAGAUUGAGGAAGCGGAAUCGCAGCUAAAUGCACUGACGAGGUUGAAGAGCCAGUUGACGUCGCAGCUGGAAGAAGCGCGACGUUCACUGGACGAGGAAGCACGCGACCGCAACGCACUGGCAGCCCAAAUGAAAAAUUACCAGCACGACAUUGACCAGGCUCGUGAAUCGAUGGAAGAAGAAAUUGAAGCGAAGAGUGAGCUAAUGCGCCAGCUGAGUCACGCGAAUGCCGAGAUUCAGCAGUGGCAAACACGCUUUGAAAGUGAGGGUCUGCUGAAGGCCGACGAACUGGAGGAGUCGAAGAAGCGACAAAUCCAGAAGAUAAACGAACUUCAGGAAGCCUUGGAUGCUUCAAACUCGAAAAUUAGCUCUCUUGAGAAAACGAAAUCUCGACUUGUUUCUGAUCUCGAUGACGCUCAGAUGGAUGUUGAGCGAGCCAACUCCUACGCAAGUCAGCUUGAGAAAAAACAAAAAGGAUUCGAUAAAAUUAUUGACGAAUGGAGAAGAAAAACAGAUGAUCUAGCUGCGGAAGUAGAUAGUGCCCAGCGGGAAGCUCGUAACGUAUCCACCGAUCUGUUCAAAUUGAAAAGCGAGCAGGAUGAGGUGCUUGAAUUAAUCGAGGGUCUUCGCCGUGAGAACAAGGAGCUGACGCAGGAAAUCAAAGAUUUAACCGAUCAGCUUAGCGAGGGUGGGCGCUCUGUGUUCGAAAUGCAGAAGAUAAUCCGCCGACUGGAGGUCGAAAAGGACGAACUUCAGCAUGCGCUUGAUGAAGCUGAGGCUGCCCUGGAAGCGGAGGAAAGCAAAGUGCUUCGAGCACAGGUUGAGGUCUCGCAAAUACGGGCAGAAAUUGAAAAACGAAUUCAAGAAAAAGAGGAAGAAUUUGAAAACACGCGAAAGAACCAUCAGCGAGCUAUCGAGUCAAUGCAGGCUUCACUUGAAAAUGAAUCGAAAAGUAAGGCCGAUUUGAUGAGGUUGAAGAAGAAGCUUGAAUCGGACAUUAACGAACUGGAGAUUGCACUGGAGCAUGCAAAUCAGGCAAACGCUGAAGCACAGAAAAAUGUGAAGCGUUAUCAAGACCAAAUCAGGGACCUGCAACAACAAGUGGAAAUUGAGCAGCAUAACCGGGAAGAAAUUCGGGAGCAGUACCUAAACAUGGAAAAGAAAGCAACACUGCUGCAGUCGGAAAAGGAAGAGCUUGUGGUUGCAAUGGACCAAGCAGAAAGGGCUCGCAAGCAAGCAGAACGUGAUGCAGCUGAAACACACGCGCAGUGCAAUGAUUUGUCGGCUGAAGCGGAAUCGCUGAGUUCACUGAAGAAGAAACUGGAAGCGGAGCUUCUGGCGGUGCAAGCGGAUCUGGACGAAACGCUCAAUGAGUACAAAGCUUCGGAAGAACGCAGCAAAGCUGCAAUGAACGAUGCCGCACGGCUUGCCGAGCAGUUGCGCCAGGAGCAGGAGGGCUCGCUGCAAAACGAUCGAGUCCGGAAGGCGUUGGAAACACAGCUCAAGGAGAUGCAGACUCGUCUAGAUGAGGCAGAAGCUGCUGCUCUGAAAGGUGGCAAAAAGGUUAUCGCAAAACUGGAAUCCCGCAUUCGUGAGCUGGAAAAUGAGCUUGAUGGCGAGCAACGACGAUAUCAAGAAACAAAUAAGAAUCUCAGCAAGCACGAUCGACGUAUGCGAGAACUUCAGUUCCAGGUAGAUGAGGAUAAAAAGAAUGCCGAAAGAACGAGAGAUCUCAUUGACAAGCUGCAAAAUAAGCUGAAAUCGCAAAAGAAGCAGAUUGAAGAUGCGGAAGAACUAGCCAAUGUGAAUCUGCAAAAAUUCCGCCAGAUACAGCAUCAGCUGGAUGAUGCGGAAGAGCGUGCUGAUCACGCGGAAAAUUCGCUUUCAAAGAUGCGCGCAAAAAGUCGCAGCGGUACGACAGCGCCUCCGGGGGUGCAAAUCUCUCAGUCGGCUGUGCUGCGCUCUUCCUCGCGCUCACAAUUUUAG